AUGAGUGACAUUUUGAAGUUUCAGGAUUCAGAUGACUUCAUUUGUGUUUUGUCUCUGCUUUACUCAGGAGAGGCCAGAGUGAACACUGAAGUACAAGCUGGGCCUCUGUAUCGUGUGUUAGGCUCUCCCCUCUACAUCACCUGCAGUGUGAGUGGCUUCAGAAGUGAAAACACUGACAAACAUUUUGAAUUCCGUAUGACGAGGCCUUCAAACCCAAACUUUGACAUCCAAAUCAUCAGUUCACAUGAAGAUAAUUUUGGAUAUUCCAAUCACCUAAUCCGUGUGAGAAAAAAUGAAAUUGCUUUGAAACGUCUCUCACCAAACUCAGUCCACUUCGAGAUACAACAUCUGCUGAAAAGUGAUGAAGGGGAAUAUGAAUGUACUGCAGUCAACUUAGAAGGUGCUUAUGAUGGAGAGUAUUCUGCUAAGACAGUCGUUAAAGUGAUUGAAGACUCCCUGAGUGUCUCAUCAUCUGCUUCCACACCACUGAGCUUAAACGAGGGUGAAGCUCUGACUUUAACAUGCCUGGCCUCUAGCAGCACCAGCCAGCACACCCAUCUGUCUGUUGCCUGGUAUCUCCAUAAAGAUGGACAGGAGGACGCUCAGCCUAUCAUUUCUCUGAAUAGAGAUUUUACAUUGAGUCCAGGUCAGGGGUUUGAAAGGCGUUACCAAGCAGGUCUCAUACGCUUAGAUAAAUGGGGAGAGGCCUCGUACAGCCUAAAGAUGGCUGAGGUUGAGCCAUCAGACCAAGGUAGGAUCUACUGUCAGGCUCAGGAGUGGAUCCAAGAUCCUGAUGGCUCCUGGUACAUCAUCAUACAGAAGAAUGCAGAAGAAAUGACCCUGACAGUUAAAGCCACAGAGGUGGUAGAGCCAUCGUCUCCGUCUCUGACAGUGGAGAUCUCAGCACAGCCAGCAGCGCUGCAGGAGGGGCAGGAGCUGUUGCUGUCCUGUGACAUAAACACAGAGGACGUGGAGAAAAGAUUCUUCUCUGUAGCAUGGCUCAAGGGAAGAGUGGAGCUGGCUCGCAUUGGUCCCACAGGCGUUCUCACUGUGGCACCGGAGUACAGUGUUCGAGAGAAAAAUGGAGAGCUCAGAGCCGCCCGAAGUGGGAACAGAAAUUACCGUCUCAUCUUAAAGCCUGUGAAAACUGAGGACCAGGGAGAGUAUAUCUGUACAGUCUGGUCUCAAGAGAGAGGCCAAGAUGAUGCUUUUAUUGAGGGAGAACCCAAAGACUCCAGCCCACAGCGGGUCAGCGUCUCAGCCACAGAAAACAGGCUGUCAAUCAAAAUGCAGCAGGCAGGAAAUGUCACCGAAGGGGGCGGGCUGCAUCUCUCCUGUAAAGUGGAUGGGGUUCAAGGUCAACUCUCUGUCACCUGGCAACUCAAAUCAGCACCAAUGGCCUCGUUCACCGACAUCAUCAGUAUAAGUCAGGAGGGUGUUACAGAGAUAGCAGAGGAGUUUGAGAGUCGCAAAGUGAGGGUGAUGCGUCCAACUACUCACAACUUCACCUUAGAGCUUGAUGAGGUCACACUGUCUGAUUCAGGAGUGUACCAGUGUGCUGUGUCUGAGCGCAAACCUAACAGCAAGACUCACAACCAGGCACAAACUACCACUGUGACAGUGACUUCUAUAGACACGCUGAUGGGAGUGUCUCUAAUCAGUCGCAAGAGUCGGGUGACUGUUGGAGAAAAAUUGGAGUUGAUGUGCCGGGUCAGAGGGCCACGCAUGCCGGUAACAGUGACUUGGAGCGUGCAACGUGACGCUAAAACACCAGACACCAUCCUGACACUUUCCCCUAAUGGCACCAUCAGUUGGUCUGCAGACCAGAACCACUACCAGCUACGAGUAGAAAGCAGAAAAACUGAAGUCAUUUACUAUCUGCUGGUCAUUGGUACCAGCCACAGAGAAGGAGGAAACUACCAGUGUAAUGUGUCUGUCUUACUGAAGAAUGUACACAAGGAGUUGAAAGCAUCCAAUCAGCUUGCUGUGAUAGUAAACAACCCAGCCCCCAACCUUCGUUUAGAUAAGAAAGAGCAGCAGCUGACUGCCAAAGAGGGAGAGGAAGUCGAGCUCAACUGUAGCAUCACUUCAGGAGCUUCUGGUUCUUCGGUUUUCUAUCGAGUCAUUUGGUAUUAUGCUGCAAACAGUUCUUCUUUGAAGAAUGCAUCACUGUUGGAGCUUGACCACACCGGCCUGGUGAGUUACCCAGACAACAAAGACAUCAGAGGCCUGCAGGAGCGGCUACGCCUGUCCAGACCCACUCAGAAAAGCUUUUACCUAAGUAUUCAGAAAGCCCAUGAAGAGGAUAAUGGAACCUACUGGUGCCAAGUGGAUCAAUACCAGCUGGAUAAUGAAGCUCACUGGCAGCUGAAGGCCUCAGACAGUGGUGGUGCUAUCAAACUCAGUGUAAUAGUAACAGAAAACAAUCUCUCUAUUCCAAAGGAGGAAGCAGAGAUGAAUACAAGCAGAAACCAGGAUUUGACUAUCCCUUGUAACAUCAACAAACAAUCCAGCCAUGAAUCCAAGUUCCAGGUCACAUGGUUUUGGCAGAAAGAAAUAGAAACUAAACAGCGCCCCAUAUUCACAGUCUACAGAAACUCGACUCUACAGGACAGGUUUGGGGAGAAUGUUCGCCUGAAAUACGACCACCCUGACCCCAGCCAAUUCAGCCUCACGUUCUUGAACCCUGGUCCUGAAAAUAGUGGGCUGUAUUUCUGUGAGGUAGAGGAGUGGCUGCCUUCUCUGUCUCGUGGGUGGAGAAAAGUUGCAAUGGAAAAGUCAGGGCAUUUGAAUGUCAGUGUUCUCACGGAAGGUGAUGCUAAAGCCGAUUCUGAAUGUAACACAAGGACUUAUAUAAUAAUAGCUAUAGUAAUUCUCAUCGUCUUAGUUUUAGUCCUAUUGCUACUCGUAGUCACGAUGUGCAGAAGUAAAGGCUCACUGGGAAACAAGUCAGUGCCAUCUCUCUGGGGUGAAUCAGUGCCUAUGAACACCAAUCGAAGUGGAGAUGACUGAACAGCAGAAGCUUUUUUUUGUUUUUUUUAAACGCACAUAUGCAAAAGUUUUCAGUUGGACUCCACCUAGUUUUAGACAAGUGGUCCCGCACACUUGUUUCAGAACUCGAGGGGACUGAUCUUUCCAAGCUGUUACAUCCAGACUGUGGAAUGCACUUCCUCUAUCUCUACAGCGUUUGGACUCGGUGGAGACCUUCAAAAAGCAGCUAAAGACAUUUUUAUUUCGAAAAGCUUUUAAUUAGACCAGGGCUUUUAUGAUGUAUUUAUGACUGUAUUGUGUUUUUGAUACCUCUCUU